AUGUUCACUAGCAACGAUUCUGAGAUAGACGCUAUGUCAGCUCCAACUAUUCAUACAGACCUCUUGACCACACCCAAAGUCAAUCGUCCUCACAAGAGGCGCCGUUCGCGGGAACUACCACAAUCAGAGCGACCUGCUCUCCGCCCUCACGCCGACUCAUCAAACGGACAGAUCUCUCUAGCACCGAAGCGAGACGAAAAGCGAUACUUGAACGAUACCGCCGACAAACAAAAGGAGAGCGGAGUCCAUAAAGCUAAACGCCAGCGCACCUCUGGCGUAUACGACUCUGCUAGCAACAACGAGAUACGUCGCCCGCCAGAUCAGGAAGAAACGCGACAGCAACCGAAGCAAACCACAGGGUGGUCUAGCACUGAUACCAUUGUACCCAGACGAGAUCAACGCGUAGACAUUGUUACCUUGCAACCCGUGAUCUUCGGCGUUGCAUCUUCUCCGCCAAAUGCUUUGCGAUCAUUCAAGCUCAAUGGACACCUCACACCCGCACAAAGCUCUCUCGUACCUCAAAAUCCUGCGUCUCCGCCUUUCACUUCCUACAAAUCUCUCGAAGGCGGCUUCGCUAGCCUACUAGAUGACAACGAAAGUGUCCUAAAGAACUUUGUAAAAACCAAGGAGGAACUUUUCAGGAAGCCUGCUGCAGGUGACGUCAAGCAAACUCUAGCGCAUAAUCCGCGUCGCAAGAAGGCCUUUGAUGUCUGA